AAAAAAAUGGCAAAAGAAUACAGAAAAGAAGAUUUCUUUGGAAAUUAAAAGCAGUAGCUCUUAAUUAAUUAAUUUUUUUUUUACAAGGCUCAACGGCAGGAGUAAGCAGAAUCCUGCAAUCAAAUUCCAUCCAUAGAAUCUGGAGUCGGGACUGUAAAUUAUGAGAACAGUUGACAUUCAAUUGUAUUGGUGAAGACCGGAAGGAACGUGUAAUUUAUUAGAGAGUAAACAAGACAGAGAUGUUCUCACUCUUUUAUGGACUUUAUAAGUACCUAUUUAGCAAGACAGAGUUUCAUGUACUCAUUCUUGGAAUCGACAAGGCUGGGAAAACAACUUUGUUGGAGAAAUUGAAAUCCGUAUACUCAAACUUGGAAGGUCUACCACCUGAUCGAAUUGUUCCAACUGUUGGGCUUAAUAUUGGUCGCGUCGAAGUUCUAAAUACAAAACUUGUGUUCUGGGACUUGGGAGGCCAGCCUGGUCUUCGCUCAAUUUGGGAGAAAUACUAUGAAGAGGCACAUGCUGUGGUAUUCGUAAUUGAUGCUGCUUGCCCUUCACGUUUUGAAGAUUCAAAAUCGGCACUUGAGAAAGUUCUUAGACAUGAGGAUCUUCAGGGAGCCCCUCUCUUGAUAUUAGCAAACAAACAGGAUCUUUCUGAAGCUGUAACAGCUGAAGAACUCGCCCGAUAUCUAGACCUUAAAAAAUUGGAUGAAAGGGUUUACAUGUUUGAGGCUGUUUCUGCUUUUGAUGGAACGGGGAUUAAAGAAGGCGCGGAGUGGUUAGUGGAGGUAAUGGAGAGAAGCAAGAGAACCGAAAUGUUGAGAAAUCGUGCAGGUAUGACCGGUCCUACUUAGACCCUAGAGGGAGGAAAGAUACCUUGUUAAAGUUGCUUUUACCCUGCUUUUGUAGCCCUCCUGUAAAUAAAUUCAGGGUUUUCACAUUAGAUUUUCAUAUUGAUUAACAGUUGAUCAAGUUUUGUUCUUUUCUUGUUUUGAUCAUGUGUGAAAUUUAGAUGAUACUAAUGUCUUGCAAGUUAUCACCCUUCGAAA